GAGGUUGAGGCAGGAGGAUCACCUAUGUGGGAGGGUGGGCCAAAGAUUCUGCCCUGUGUGUGUGACUGAGCAUGUGUGGAUGGAUGUGUGAAUUGAGACUUACAAGGACCCCUAUAUGGGGCUCAGCACACACGUGCUGCAGCUCUGCAGAUGGGUAGCUCUGCAGGGUGCUGGCUGUUUCCCAGGCUUGGCCCAGCAUCAGGGCUGGGAGAGGGCCCAGCCAGUAAACUCAUGUGGUCACCCUGCAGAUUUUCAAGCACAUCCUGCAGCGGGAGUUCUCAGGGCCAUGCCAGGCCCUUUCCCGAAAGUUUACCGAGUGGUGUUAUGGACCUGUCCGGGUAUCACUAUAUGACCUGGCCUCUGUGGACAGCUGGGAGGAGAACUCAGUGCUGGAGAUCAUCGCCUUUCACUGCAAGAGCCCACACCGACAUCGAAUGGUAGUUUUGGAGCCACUGAACAAACUGCUGCAGGCGAAAUGGGAUCAGUUUAUCUCCAAGUUCUUCUUCAACUUCCUGUGUUAUCUGAUCUACAUGCUCAUUUUCACUGCUGUUGCCUACCACCAGCCAGCCCUGGACCAGGCCUUCUCAUGGCUGGAUUCAUCACCCGGAAUGUGGCUUCUGCUGGGCCACAUCUUCAUCCUUCUUGGGGGGAUCUACCUCCUCCUUGUCCAGCUGUGGUGCUUCUGGCGGCGCCGCCUGUUCAUCUGGAUCUCAUUCAUGGACAGCUACUUUGAAAUCCUCUUCCUGGCCCAGGCCCUGCUCACAGUGCUAUCCCAGGUCUUGCGUUUCUCGUCCAUUGAGUGGUACCUGCCCCUGCUUGUGUCCUCACUGGUGCUGGGCUGGCUGAACCUGCUUUACUACACACGAGGCUUCCAGUACACGGGCAUCUACAGUGUCAUGAUCCAGAAGGUUAUCCUGUGGGACCUGCUCCGCUUCCUGCUGGUCUACUUAGUCUUCCUUUUUGGCUUCGCUAUUGCCCUGGUGAGCCUGAGCCGGGAGUCCCGGGGCCCCAAAGUCCCUGCAAGCGUCAAUGCCACAGAGGUUGCUCAGGCUGGGAUAGGACAGGAGGACGAGGUGGCCCCGUACAGGACCAUCCUAGAUGCCUCAUUGGAGCUCUUCAAAUUCACCAUCGGCAUGGGCGAGCUGGCCUUCCAGGACCAGCUGCGCUUCCGCGGGGUGGUGUUGUUGCUGCUGCUGGCCUACGUUAUGCUCACCUACGUCCUGCUGCUCAACAUGCUUAUCGCCCUCAUGAGUGAGACAGUCAACAGUGUUGCCACCGACAGCUGGAGCAUUUGGAAGCUACAGGUGCCAGAGCAAGCCUUCCCUCCCCUCCUCUACCCUCCUCUGUGUUCUCGGUCUGCUGAGGCAUUCUCAGGACUCUACUGAGCUCAGCACACCCCAGGUCUCGGGGCUGGGCCCCGUGUCAGGUAAACUCAGCUCAGGAGAACCCCUCAGACUCCUCAAUCUAUUCCUUCUUUCAUAGGGAGGUUGUGAAAAUUGGAUGUGCUCCUGGGUGUAAUCUGCCUACACAGUGACUAUCACAUAAUAGGUGUGCACUGUGUUAGUUAUUUUUAUCAUUAGCAUCACUAAUGUC